AUGAUUCUUAAUUUAACAAUAUUUACUCUGUUAAUAGUCUUCAUUCAAAAUGUUACUGCAAAUUGGAGACUUGUUGAUUACAGUUUUUCAGAAAAACUAAUUUCUCAUAAUAAUUGGGAAAUGAAAGAAUGUUGUUCUAGUGGUUCUUCAAAUGUAGUGUUUGACAUAAAUAGUUGCGCUUCAAAUUAAUUAUAAUAUGUGAGAUUGACAAAGUUUAAACGAUAUUUAUAGAAAACGUUUGCAUAUAAAAGCUUUUAGGUAUAAAUAAUUUUUGAUGCUUUCUUUGAUGGUGCAAUAAGUGAAAAUUCUGAGAUUGCAGUUAUGUAUGAUAGUAACAGAAGUUCAGACAAUGAUAGGCAACUAUUUCUUUUAGAUUAUGAUGAAAAUGACUUAUACUAAGAUAGUCGUCUAAUUUGUCAUAAUAGCCUAGGAAGAUUUAAAUUAGAAACUAUUGUAAGUAAUUAAGUCGAUUCAUACUCGAAUAACUUUUCAAUAAAAAUUUGUUUUGAUCCAUAUGAUCAUAGAUGUGAUGAUGAUUGUGAUAGGGAUCAUCAUUAUAGUGAUAGUUAUUGUGAUAAUGAUUAUAUAUAAAUUGGAAUUAGAAAUAUGUUAGUUUAUGUUAAUACUUGUCAUCCAACUUGUUUAACAUGUGACGGUCCUACUGAAUCAGAUUGCUUGACAUGUUUUGAUAAUAAAGUAGUAUAAGUUGGAGAGUGUGAAUGUAUUCCAGAAUAAUAAUUUUCUGAAACUUAUAUAGGUUGUUUAUAAGAAUGUAGUAGAGAUUAUUCAAUAGCUCGCUUUGAUAAAAUUUGUGUAAAAGAUACUCGAAUAAAAUCAAAAUUUACACUAUUUGAAGAUAAUGUUAUUCCUCAAUCAGAUUAUAGAUAUUCUCCUCUAAUUUUUGAAAAAGAUGAAUUUUAUCCAAAAAACACAGAUUUAAUUUAAGAUAAUUGUAAUGGACUCAGUUUUAUAGGAAAAUUGUAAUUUAGUGAAGGAAUGAUAUAUUAAAUGAAUCUUGAGAAUGCUGUAAAGUUUAUUAGAAUUCGUAUUACAUUUUAUUUGUUUAAUUUUGAGGAAACAAGUAGCAUUUAAAUUAUACAUAAUAAUUAAUUACAAUCUAGAAUAACAAAAGGUUCAUCUGAUUUUUAAGUAGAAAAUUUAUUAAAAAUAUUUGAAAAGAAUUAAAAUUGUGAUAGUAGUUAUACUUUGUUAAGAAUAGAGAUGACUUUUUAACUAUUUAAUACUAAUCCAAUUAUUUUGAUUUAAGGAUAACUUCAAUAAGAAAGUGAAUCUUGGGGAUUUAGAAAUGUUACUGUUGACACAGGAUUUUGUUAAGAAAAUUGUUUAGUAUGUUCUGAUUUCGCUACUUGUACAUAGUGUGAUUCAACAUAUAAAUUAUUUAAAAAUAAAUGUGUUCAGUCUUGUCCUAUUCAUUCAUCAAAUUGUAUUGACUAUGAGGAUAUCAUUCCAUGUAAAUUAUUAUUGGUUUAUUUUUAGAUUCUAGAUACUUUGCAAAAGGAUUUUAUGAUUUAAAUAUGACUAUAGAUGAAAUAGAUGAAUUCUAUGAUUCUACAACAGAUCCUUCUCAUAGUUUAUCAACUAGAUAAAAAUUUUCAUUUUUAAAUAAUAAAACAGUUUUAGGAGGUUUAUUAGUUUGGAAUGAUGGUUCAUAUACUAAAACAUGGGUUAUUUCCAAACCUCAUUAUGCAGCAUCUAUAUAUUUUAAUUUAACUUAUGGUGAUGGUUACACUGGAUAAUUUUAUUAUAAGAUUGGUGCUUCUUCAAGCAUUGCAUUUUAAGGACCUUUUAAUAAUCCUGGGGGAGGAAUAAAUUUAGUUGGUCGUACUGGUCUUGAAAGUACUCGUUACUUUAACGUUAGUUUAACAAACUUUUAUACUAAUAACCUUUAUGUUGAAUUUAAAUGUGAUGCUAGUACUACAAACAUAACAAAGGAAUUCUGUGCAAUAUCUGAAUACUUCAUCGUUAUUCAUUAUGUAUAUAAUAUGUAUUAUUAUAAUUUAGUGUCCUCCUCUUUGCUCUAGUUGUACAAGUUUAACUUCAUGUUCAGAUCCAGGAUAUACUGGUCCUAAUUGUGGGAGUAGUUAAUAUUUAGAUUUUGAUUAAUAGACUGAAACUUAUAGUUGCAAAAAUUGUAAUUAACCUGGGUGCAAUACAUGUACAAGAGCAGAAUAAUGCACCUCAUGUGUUAGUAAUUUAUUUUAUUUGAGUAAUGGAAUUUGUUUAUGCAAUCCAUUUACAUUUUUCUAAGUAAAUACUUGUGUUUAAUGCAAUAAGUAUUGUGAAAAUUGUUUUGGUAAUUCUAAAUAGAAUUGCCUUACUUGUGUUAAUGAUUAUCAUAGAGGUAUUCAAAGAAAUUAAUGUUUAUGUUUGCCUGGAUAUUAUGAUGACGGAAUAAAUUUACCAUGUCUUCCUAUUUGUGGAGAUUAAAUAAUAGUAGAAGAAGAAGAUUGUGAUGAUGGAAAUAAUAAUCCAUUUGAUGGUUGCCAUAAUUGUAAAUUCGCUUGUAAUUUUGCAUGUGAUAUUUGCAUUAAUGGAAAAUGUUAUUAAUGUAAAAGUGGAUAUGAAGUACAUAAUAAUGACUGUAGGUCUAUUUGUUAAGGAAAUGCACUAGCAUUACUGUAAUAAUGCUUUGAAGAAUAUAGAAACUGUGUUAAUUGUUAAUAUGAAUGCUCUCUUAACUGUAUAGAAUGUCAUUUUGGAAGAUGUAUAUUAUGUGAUGAAGAUAAUGGAUGGUACAGUUAAAUUGAUGGAACAUGCAAUUCUAUUUGUGGGGAUGGAAUAGUAACAAGUUUAACAGAAAUGUGUGACGAUGGAAAUAAUAAUCCAUCAGAUGGAUGUUAUCAUUGCUAAUUUUCAUGUGAUCAAUUUUGUCAUACCUGUAUCAAUUCUUUGUGUAUAGUUUGUUAAAAUGGUUAUCAAUUAAUAGAGAAUAAAUGCAUUCCUAUAUGUUAAGAUGGAUUAUUGAUAUUCCCAGAAUAAUGUGAAGAUGGAAAUAUAACACCAUAUGAUGGUUGUUUCAAUUGUUAAUUUUAAUGUUCAUCACAUUGCAUAGAUUGUGAUUAUGGAAUCUGUUAAUAAUGUAAUGAAUUAAGUGGUUGGUAUUUGUAAUAAGAUGGAUCAUGUAAAAGUAUUUGCGGUGAUAACAUAUUAGUUCUUGAAGAAGAAGAAUGUGAUGAUCAUAAUACUCAUUGUAAUUAAUGCUAAAUUACAUGUGAUAUAAAUUGUUAAUAAUGUUAUAAAGGAGUAUGUACUUCUUGUGUAUAAGGAUAUUUAUGGAUGUAAUCAAUAAAGAAAUGUGUUAAAGUUUGUGGAGAGAGUGUAUUAGUGAAAUAUGAAAAAGUUUGUGAUGAUGGUAAUAACCUUUUAGAUGAUGGAUGCUAUUAGUGUUAAUUAAGUUGUUAAGAAUAAUGUACUUUUUGCACAAUAAAUGGAUGUUUGGAAUGUAAUACUUUGGGAUGGAAAUUGGAUGUUCUAUAAAACAAAUGUGAGACUAUUUGUGGAGAUGGAAUUGUUGUAUAAAAUUAUGAAGAAUGUGAUGACUUAAUAGAUCAAAAUUGCUUUCAAUGUAGAUACAAUUGUUAAGAUUCUUGUUUAAUCUGUCAUAAUGGAGAUUGUCUACAAUGCCAAGAAGGAUGGUUGAUAAAUUUAGAUUAGAAAUGUUAUUCAUUUUUCGGAGAUUCUAAAGUUGUUGGUGAUGAAUAAUGUGAUGAUAAUAAUUAAAUUAUGUAUGAUGGUUGUUAUCUUUCACAAUAUUAAUGUUAGGCAUCAUGUAUGGUUUGCAAAUUUGGAGUAUGUACAAAAUGUGAGGAUGGCUAUUAAAAUCUAAAUGGUAAGUGCUUUGAAAUAUUGAAUGAUGGACAUAUUAAAGGGAAUGAGCAAUGUGAUGAUAUGAAUUUAACUGCAGAAGAUGGUUGUUUUAAUGGUUAAUUUGAUUGUCCUGAAGAUUGUGAAUAUUGUUUCCAAGGUUAGUGUUUACAGUGUAAUCUGGAAUCAAGCUAACUUAAUACUCUUAAUAAUUAAUGUAUAUCAUUAUGUGGAGAUGGGUAUUUAUCGCAUUAUGAACAGUGUGAUGAUGCAAAUAACAUACCAUAUGAUGGAUGUUUUUAAUGUUUUUUUUAAUGUAAUUAUUAUUGUCAUACUUGCUAUAAUGGUGUAUGUUCUAAAUGUUCUAUAGGUUAUUACUUAGAUUAAUCUAAAAAUAAUUGUUAUAGUAUCUGCGGAGAUGGAAUUGUAGCACAUGAUGAAUAAUGUGAUAAUGGUAAUUUAAUUUCUGAUCAUCUAUGUGUGGAUUGUAAAUUAUUAUGUUAAGAAUAAUGUACUACAUGUAUUGAUGGAUAAUGUCUUGAAUGUAUUUCAUUUGGAUGGCAAUUAGAUGCAAUUAAUAUGAAUUGUUAACCUAUUUGUGGAGAUUUAUUAGUUUUAGGAAAUGAAUAAUGUGAUGAUGGAAAUGAAAAUGAUGAUGAUGGAUGUAUUGACUGCUAUUUUCAGUGUUAAGAAUAAUGUACUUUAUGUGAAAGAGGUGAAUGCAGAGAGUGUAAUGUUGAAGGUUGGCAACUUAAUAUUAAUAAAUGCACUACUAUAUGCGGAGAUUAAUUAGUGUUAGGUAAGGAGGAAUGUGAUGAUGGAAAUCAUAUUCCCCAUGAUGGAUGCUAUGAGUGUAAAUAUUAAUGUUAAGAAUAAUGUACUGAUUGUGUAAUGGGAAUUUGUAAGGCUUGUAUUUAAUCAGGUUGGAUUCUUAAUUAAAAUAACCUUUGUUCUACAUAUUGUGGAGAUAGAAUUACAGUAGAUCCAUAUGAAUAAUGUGAUGAUGGUAAUGAUAUACCAUACGAUGGCUGUUAUUAAUGUGAAUUUUAAUGUGAGUAACUCUGCACAAUAUGUUAAUUAGGAAUAUGUUAUGAAUGCAAUUAAUUAGGAUGGAUAAUCUGGAAUAAUUAAUGUACUCCUUAUUGUGGAGAUGGUCUUAUAGUUGGUAAUGAAUAAUGUGAUGAUAUGAAUUUCAUUCAAAAUGAUGGUUGUUUUGAAUGUAAAUUUAAGUGCGAUUAAUAUUGUAUUGAUUGCUAUGAAGGAAUUUGUAAAGAAUGUCCUGAAGGAAUGCAUUUACUUGACCUAAUUUGUUAACCUAUUUGUGGAGAUGGAUUUCAUCUUCAAUAAAUUGAAUAAUGUGAUGAUGGAAAUAUUGAAAAUAGUGAUGGUUGUAAUUCUUAGUGCAAAAUUGAAAAGGAUUGGAUAUGUAACACUAAUUAAAACUCAUUCUCAGUAUGUUAUUAUGAAAAAUAACCAGAUUUUUCUAUAAUUGUACUUACACCUUAUCCUCAUGAAUUUUGUGAUAUCUAAGUUUUAUUUACAUAAUAAGUUAAAUUCUCUCCAAAUAUUAAACAAAAUAUAAAUGACCACAUUAAAACUAGCAUUUAAAAUUUAGAUAAUGAUAAAUACGAUAUAUAAAUGACUCAUUAAUCUGAAGUCUCUCAUGAUCAAGUCACCGAUUUGGUUCUUCAAUUUAAGGUUGUUUUUUUAACCCCUAUAGAAAAACCAGUGUUUUAAAUAGAAUUUCAUAAUGAUCCGAUCCUUUCAGAGCUAAAUUAACCUCUUACUAAAAGCUAAGGUAGUAUUUAGCUGUUAACUCCGAUAGUUCUAUCUCCUGAUUAAGUGCUUAUAGCAUAAUAGGCUUCAAGCUUUAAUGAAGCAAUUAUAAUAUCUCUUGGAACUUUAUCAUCAAUUUGUUUAUUGACAGGCUAAUCUGAAAUAUUUUGGAAUCUCAUGGACUAAUUAUAAUAUUUAUCAUAUGUCAAAUACAUAAAUAUAGGAUUUUCACCUAAUUUGAAUAUCUUUUUUGAGGUUUUUCAAUUGAUAACAGUCUCACCUUUAAUGGAGGCUUUGGGAUUUUAAACAUUUUUUGAUUCUUUGGACGGUAAUCGCAAGUAUGUGAUUGAAACAAGUAAUAAAUUUUAAAAGGAUAAUAUAAAUGCAUAUUUCCUUGAUAAUUUCCAAAGCUUUUUAUUCUGCUUAAUAACAACAUAUUUCAGUUAUUCAACUGGCAAGAUCAUUUAUAUGUUGCUUAAUAAAAUUUUAUUUAAAUAAAUAUUUAAACUUCCAAUUUCAAUUAAUAAAUUAUUAAUAAAUACUCGAAAACAAUUGCAACUUAAAAUAUCUGAAUUUUAUUUUAAUGCACUUUUAAGAUUGUUACUCUCUAAUGCUUAUGAUAUUAGUUUUGCAUGUGCAAUUUAAAUGGCAUAUUAUCCUGUUGAAAAGAAUAAUAUUUUACUUAUAAAUUAUUAUUUGUCAUGUCUAUUUUACAUAGGAAUUAUUGGUGCUAUCUUAUUUUUUAUAAACAUUUCUAGUUCUUUCUCAAAACAAAAUUCAAUUAGAAAUAGAUCAAAAUAUGAAGCAAUGUUUGAUGGGAUAAAUGACAAUUAUAAUAUUUGGACAUUCUAAUAUAAUUCCAUUUAAUUAAUAAAGAAGCUUAUUUUUAUUUCUUUUAUUGUUUUUUUGUAAGACAAUGGAUUUAUUUAAGCAAUUGGAAUAUCAUUCUUUUAAUCAUUAUUUUUAAUUCACACUCUUCUCAACAAGCCAUUAAGUAAUUAAUUUGAAUACAUGAAAAUUUUAAUCACUGAAUCAUUAAUAAUUUUUAAUUCAAUUUCAUUUUUAUUUUAUCUUUACUAAGUUGAAUUGACUUUAAAAUCAGAGAGUAUAAUCAAUAUUGGAUGGUUGCAUAUAUUUACUUUUUCAUUGAUUUUGGCAGCAACUUUUAUACUUGAUUUAAUAUAGUAAAUAAGAAAACUAAUUAAAUUUAUUGGGAUUGGUGUUAAGAAACCAGAAUAACAACUGGAGCCAAUAUUUUAUUGA